CUGCUAAUCAGUAUUAAACUUCACUUCUGGAUGAUUUAUUGUCAGUUAAUUUUUGUUUUUGAAUAUUAAAAAAAAAAGAAAAUUAAAAUUGAGUCGAAUUAUAAUUUACUAAUUUUCGAAGUCAUUUUUUUUAAAAUACAUUAUAUAUAUCUUAUCUAUUUUUAAAUACUGAAAUGUCUCUAAAUUCAUCCAUGGUUGAAACUUGUGCAAAAAAUGGAAAUAUUUUAGCCUUGACGACGACAAAUAUUUCAUCGAAGCAUGGAGAAAAAAUUCAACAAACUAAUGGAUUUAAAAUAAAGGGAACUUCAACAUAUUUUCAAACAGAAUUAAAGUGGUUAAAUAUAAUAAUUUUUUUAAUACUCCACAUUGUAGCAGUUUAUGGUUUUGCGACUUUUCCUUAUUUUCAGAAAAAAAGGACAUUCUUUUUUUCAUAUAUUGUUUCACAUAUGGUUGGUUUUGGAAUAACUGCUGGUGCACACCGUCUAUGGACCCAUCGGGCUUAUAAAGCUAAAUUGCCUCUAAAAAUAUUUCUUCUUUAUUGUUACUACACAUCUGGACAAUUUUCACUAUACAAUUGGGUGAGAGAUCAUCGCGUUCAUCAUAAAUAUUCCGAGACGGAAGCAGAUCCACAUAACAGUAAACGGGGAUUUUUUUUCUCUCACAUUGGUUGGCUUUUGAUGAAAAAACGUCCGGAAGUAAUAAAACGAGGAUGUGAAAUUGAUAUGAGGGACAUUCUAAAGGAUCCAAUUAUUGUAUUUGCUGAAAAGUAUCAUAUAAUUUUGAAUAUCCUUUGCUGUUUUGUAAUACCAAUAAUUAUACCCGUAUACUUUUGGCAUGAAGGCUGGUACUAUUCAAUAAUGGCAACAAAUGCGCGUUUCAUUCAAACAUUGAAUUAUACUUGGAGUGUCAAUAGUUUUGCUCACAUGUGGGGUUCUAAACCUUAUGAUAAAACAAUAGCUCCAGUGGAAAACAAAUUGGUUGCCUAUGCAACUUUAGGAGAAGGCUUUCACAAUUAUCAUCAUAUGUUUCCGUACGAUUAUAAAUGCGCAGAAUUGGGAAUUUACAAUUUAAAUUGGACUACCUGUUUAAUUGAUAUGUUUGCAAAAAUCGGAUGGGCAUACGAUUUAAAACAACCGUCGAAAGAAUUAAUAAAAGCAGUGAUGAAUAAAAAAGGAAACGGAAGUAAAUUUUGUUGAAAAAUGUUAUGAUAAAGUUUAAUUUAAUAAAUAAAGGCAACUAAUAUUUAUUGUAUUAUUAAAAAUGAGAAAAUUUGUAAUUAACAAUUUAUGUGCUUUAAAAAAUGUUUAAAUUCAUUUAACAAAGAAGAUAUGUAAAAACAAUAAUUACAAAUUAAAAUAAGCAAUAACGCGUUUGUCGCGCGUCAUCAAUUUUUUUUCCCCCAUUUAAAAUGAUAAUUUAAA